GGAGCGUUUUGAGAUGGAGAUCUAAUAUCAAGUCUUGCGACAGCUUGUUUGGAGGUAACCGCCAUGGCAGUGGAGCCAAUCAAUAGGAAUGAUACCCCUUAUAGAGAUCUACUACAGAAUCUACCGGUACUUUACAAACGGGCCCACCUUGCCGCCUAUGCAGGUACAGGGGGACUCAGGGGACUACCGCGGAAUUCAACAGCAAGCGAGCCAUGCACACAAAUGCGUAAGAACAGCGAAUAUUGAAACCAGUACUCCGUAUGCAUACUCAUUCUCCAUCUCGCCCCUAUAUUACAUACAAUCCAUCAUAUUAUGUGUGGGCAUGUGUGCAAGUAUUCUUCAAUCCAGGAUGAUAAGACAUCAAUUGUGACUCUCGUCUCUAUCAAAAGCAUGCCCGAUUCCCAAGCCGGAUCAAUAAAAGCACCAUCGCUCCCAAAUGAUCAAAUGGACCAAAACACGGUCUAGUGCACUC